AUGAGUAAAUGUAAAGACGGUUUUAAUAUAUUAAUAAACACGCUUUCUGUUGAGUAUAAACAAGCUUUAUUUUCUUAUUAAACUGAUUUUACAGUUGGUUUUAGCACCUCUUGAGCUAGCUGCUGAGUUCCUGCCAUGUUGUCCCGCCUUCAAAUGUCAGUCAUUGGCUGGUCGCUAACAAUAGUGCCUGACGUGGCAGGCAUUCAUUGGUUGUUUUCUUUGUAAACGUUUCAGUCACACAUAAGUAUUAUCAUUUAGGGAUUUGUUUUAUUGUAUAUGAUGAUAAAUACUCUAAAGUACUAACACAACACGUGUGCUCUACAAACUCUUUUACUGACACCUAAUUCUAAUGAAUCACAAAAAUAAAUACUUAUUGUCCACACAGCCGUCAAAAUGCCUAAAAUAAAACCAAAACUACAUAGAGCAUCAUGACAGAGCUCAUGGUUUAUGAUAUUCUUAUUUCACAUUGUGACGUCUCCAUUAAAAUAAAGGCAAAUGCAUUUUAUUCCAUGACAUUAUUACUAGUCUACUCUCUGUGAGCUGGGACACUGAUGUUGACAGAUUACUCUGAGGCCACGCCCACUGCCUUACUGCUGGUGUUGUAUUGGUCGCGAGCACAGUGCCCAGUACCGCAUUGGCUGUUGUGUGUGUGUUUUUUUCAUUAGGGUCCCAAACUACACCGAGAUUUGGAAUAUUACGUUACAGUCGUGCAGGAAAAUGGCGACUGUCAUUCAUAAUCCUCUAAAAUCGCUUGGUGACCAGUUCUAUAGGGAGGCCAUCGAACACUGCCGCAGCUACAAUGCCCGUCUCUGUGCCGAGCGCAGCGUGCGCAUGCCCUUCCUGGACUCGCAGACUGGUGUGGCGCAGAACAACUGCUACAUCUGGAUGGAAAAGUGCCACCGCCAGCCAGGCCAAGCAGCAGGACAGAUGUACACCUAUCCUGCUCGUUGCUGGAGAAAGAAGAGGCGACUCCACCCUCCCCUGGAUCCUCAGCUCCGCCUGUGUGAGCUUCGACUGGAAGCCGAGAUGGCCCCCAAGCGCGAGGUGCCCCCAGGGGAGGCCACAGCCUUGGAGGCCCUCCUGAGGGGGGACAGCCUGCUGGAGAAAAAAAACAACAUCUGUAAGGAAGAGGAAACGUUGCUGGAAAUACAGAGAGUUCUGGAGGCGGAGGAAAACGGGGACGGCCUCCAUGAUGAUGAAGACUUUGAGCAGGAUACUCCAAAGAGAAAGAACAGAAACAGAGGCAAAAACAGAGGAUCCAAUCGCAGGAGGACAGAACCCGUUAACGCCGACGACCAGGACAAACCUUAUGUCUGUGACAAUAAAUACAAACAAAAGCAUAACUCAAAAAAGGCUGAAGAAGUCUGUGGAAAGCGCUACAAGAACCGGCCCGGCCUGAGCUACCACUACACCCACACUCACCUGGCAGAGGAGGAGGGUGAGGAGGAGAAGGAAGCAGAGAGGUCCCCGUCUCCUCCGUUUAGCGCCGACAACCACAAACCUCAGAAGGCUGCGGAUGGCUCCAUCAUCCCCAACGACUACUGUGACUUCUGCCUGGGAGACCAGGACUCCAACAGAAAGACGGGCCAGGCCGAGGAGCUGGUGUCCUGCUCUGACUGUGGACGCUCCGCUGGAAGAGGAGGAGGGAAGAAGCAUGGGAGGAAGCCGAGUGCUCUAGAGGAAUUGUUCGGCAGCACGUCAGACAGCGAGGCCUCCACGUUUCGUGGCUUUGAAGAUGCAGACCUGGAAGACCUUAUGUUUUCAGACAAUGAUGAUGCUGUAGCCGACAGCUGAUGACGGGACUACCUGGACCUCGUGACAAUAAAACCAAUUUUCUGAUUAAAUGUUUUCAUCGUGGGAACUCUCGAAGACAGGAUAACAAUGCCAACUUGCCUUGAAGAUCUCCAGAUUUAUUUUUAACUUUUUUUAAAGAUGUAGGAAGCGCAUUCCUUCAAAAAACAUCUUUUUCUUGGAAAUGUUGCCUCCGAUGGAUAAAGUGGCUUUUUUUUUUUUUUACCACGGUCGGAUGGAUUUUUACUGUUGAACGCGUUCAGACAUUUUUCCAUUUUUCAUAAACCAACAAUAAUGUCCUCACACUUGCUUGUGUAAGAUAAUCAAGAUCACAAACUGAUCUUCAGAGCUACAUCCUAAUUAAAUCUGGACUGAAAAGCUUAAUAGCAGACACGGUGGACCAGAGGAAAGAGGAAUAAAUUACACGAGUGGCCGCUAAUGUGGCGGGGGGAGGGAUGAGCGUGGACUCUUGAGUCACUCCAUUGGCUAAAGAGGACAUGUAGCCGAGAGGUAAGAGCCAACCGGCACUCCAUUGCUCCUCUCUGUCUUUACGGACAAGACCUUUUCUUUUGUUACUAGACGUAGAGUAGAAAUGCUUUAUCUACAGCCUCAUUAUGUGCUAUCCCUUUAAGACGAUAGGCCAUCUUUUAAACUGCCGCAUCUUAUUUCUACCCGACUGUAAUUCCUCCGUUUGAUUUAGGAGGCAGGCAGCAGCUGAAACCUUUCUGCUUUGAAUUUCGCUCACAUCACAUUUGUCUUUAUUCACCCAUCGCAGGCUGAAGAAUGUUUUCCAUGUUUCUGGCUGCUUUCCCAGUCCAGAUGUAAAUCCUUCACUAUGUGCUCAUUCAUGGCUCAUUGAUACCCCAUUGAAAUCAGGGUCACGCAGAUAACCGUGUGCACCAGAAGCUGUGGGGAGGCUACAAAAAGACAUUGACAGUAACUGCAAAAUGUUUGUUUUUAGAUUUAAAAUUUUACCAAAAAUAUCAUUCUUUUUGAGUUGUCGCAGCUGUACAUUUUUUUGGGAGGAUGAUGAAAUACUGCUCGGCUCUGUUUUCCUGUGCACACAUCAUGGCUCGUGUUUUGUUCUCCAGACAUAUAAUCACUUGAAUGCUGUUGAUGCUGCAUUUCAUCCAGCUGUACGGACUGUCAACACUAUGGGGUGCAAUUACAGACACUUACACUGACUCAGUCUUUGUCUGUGUCUCUCUGCUAUCACAUACAAAUCACCACUGACAUUGUUUUGUAAACUCUUCUGGCAAUCCACUCUUGGCCCCCCCCCCCUUUCCUUUAUUCUUUCCAUUCUCUCCUCUCUCUCUCUUUUCUCUCCUGCCC